UACAAAUACUUUCCAUAGGGUUACGAGCAAUUGACCUUUCAAUGGAGCAAAUAAAAAAUCCCCCACUUCUCGGAUGCAACGCACAGCUUAUCGACAGCAGGUGUGACAGCUCAACUGAUAAGCGAUAAGCAAUAGAUAUUCGCUUAUUAUGAUUUCGGGGCGUCGCGUUAUCGACGUCCAGUUGUCCCAUUGAGCUCAGUAGAACCACAAGCAGUGUGUUGAUCGGUUCUCCUCAAACGACUCGCUAUCUACCAUGGAAAAUAGAGACGCACCACCAGGCUACAAUGAGCUGUCGUUGCCCAACACUCAAGUAGCUACAGGAGGAUUAACCGCACAGUUGACCAGUCAAAAACUGCACUCUCAGGCGUCCAGCGAUCAAUUGCGUGAGCAAGUGAACAGCCAAAUACCUGUUGGACCUGCUCAGGUGAACACCACUUAUAUACCGGCACAGACCUAUCAGCCAUUUCCGCAAGGACCGACACAACCGCCACUCUAUCCACCAUUCACACAGCAGCCAACCACAUCCUGUGUGGUCAUUCACACAACGACCAAGAAUCAAGUCCCCGUUGGCCGGGAUCCGACAUUUGUGCGUUGUCCCUCGUGUCAAAGCGACGUGGUGACCACAAUUCAAACGAAGCCCACGACUCGAACACACGCAUUCGCCUUGGGAUUGUGCUUCAUUGGUUGCUGGCUGUGCUGUUGUAUUCCCUACUGCAUGGACUCCUGCAAAUCCGCCAAUCAUUAUUGUCCUGUUUGCAACGCAUUUGUGGGCAGCCGCAGGGAUUAACUAUUUAUCCCCAAUAUUUCUUACUCUUAAAUUAAAAAUAAUAAUAAUAUAAUAAUAAUAAUGUAUAAAACUAAUGUUCUGACUUAUUUUGCCGCUAAUAAACUUAUAUGUAAUAGAAAUUGAAAAACCUCGACGUUGAAGACUGUUCGAACAAAAAGUGAAGCAUACUUUUAGGAACAGCAAAAAUUUAAUUUGUAUGUGAUAAAAUAUCAAAAAUAAUAAUAAUAAUGC